AUAAAGUUUAGUAUUAUUGGCCUGAAACUCAUUUCUUUUGCUCCCCUCACAUUCUCUUUAGAUGCUUCUUUUGCUGAAUCCUUAUAUGGCUUACGAAGGAGAGCUGUAGAUAUUAAAGUCAAGAAGGACAAUACUCAUUUGAACUCAGGUAGUGGGAUUCACCACUCUGGGUUAAAAAGGCGUCAGAAAGUUCUUUCAGUAGUAUUUCUGGUUAUACUGCCAUAUUUGAAAUCAAGAUUGCAUUCAAUCUACAACAGAGAAAGGGAUGCCACACUUCAAGCAACUUUAUGGGGACAUGAGGAUGAAAGAUUUAAUGAUAUUAACACAACUGAUAGAGGGGAUGACUCUCUUGUUUCAAGUGCAACCACUGUGACAGAAUCAUCGCUUAGAGCACAGCUGUUGAAGAAGAUCCAGAGAAUUAUAGGGGCUUGCUACCCAUGGGUUCACGCUAGUAGCGAAGGGUUGUCAUUUUCAUAUCAAUUGUUAUCUUUGUUGGAUGCAACGGGAUUCUAUUCCUUAGGAUUGCAUGCACUUGGUAUCCAUGUCUGCCCAGCUACUGGACAAGAGCUGGGUAUUGUUGUGGGGCUUGAUAAUUUGGAUGGUGUAAUUCGUAUAAUAAGAGAAUCUUCAAGCAAUGCAGUUGCAACAGUUGGUCUAAAAAAUGAGGAAAAAGUUUAUCAAUGAAAGUGAAUCCUUAAGGGAGCAAAUUUCAAAAUUAGAGGAACUUUUGUAAAGCAAGUAGAAUAUGUUAGAGGUAUAUAUUUACUAUUCAAGCAAUAAAUAAAUUUUGCCGCACUAAUUAAUUUUGUUUCUUAACUUUGCAGGCAUAUCAUGAAGUAUUAUCUUUCAAUAUUAUUUGGUGAUAGUGUUUAGUGUAGUUCACUUUUAAGGUAUAUAGGAACUUGUUCAUCUGCUAAACCAGACAUAUACAUCGAAAUAGAAGCAUCAAAGUAGGGGCAUAUAUGCUUUACUGAUUUUUCAGAUCAUGCCUACAGAUGCUCAGAGGAUGUUUUAAGAGUUUAAGGGGUUUGUGCUUCUAGCUUCUGAGUUGGUGCCAGAUUAGGAUAGAGGCUUCACAUUCUUUUUUAUGUUUGUUUGCCUAAUUUAGUGUUAGUUUUUUUUUUUUAUUCAUUUAGUUUGGUUUGUAUUGGGAUAACUUUUUUCUAUUUUCCAUGUUGGCAACUCUGAUUCAUGGAGUUUGUUGUUGUAGUUCAUAGACAAUACAAUUCAAGCAAGGAUUAUGUAAUUGAAUUUUUUAUGA